AUGUCGUCAAAGAAACAAGCCAUUUUCAUAUCUUCCCUCGUAAUCCUCUGGUACUCAUCAAACAUUGGUGUUCUUCUACUCAACAAGUUCUUGCUCUCAAACCAUGGCUUUAGAUUCCCAAUCUUCCUCACAAUGUGCCACAUGGCUGCCUGCGCCAUUCUCAGCUACAUCUCCAUUGUUUUCCUCAAGAUUGUGCCUUUGCAGACCCUCAAAUCUAAGUCCCAGUUCGUCAAGAUUGCAACUUUAAGCAUUGUCUUUUGUGGGUCUGUUGUGGGUGGCAAUAUUUCACUCAGAUACCUUGCGGUGUCGUUUAAUCAGGCUGUCGGUGCAACGACACCGUUUUUCACUGCCCUUUUUGCUUAUUUGGCGACCCUUAAGAGGGAGGCUUGGGUCACAUAUGCUGCUCUUGUGCCUGUUGUUACUGGAGUGGUGAUUGCUAGUGGGGGUGAGCCAAGUUUUCACUUCUUUGGGUUUGUUAUGUGCAUUAGUGCAACUGCUGCAAGGGCCUUUAAGUCUGUUCUUCAGGGUAUCCUACUUUCUUCUGAAGGGGAAAAGUUGAACUCCAUGAAUUUGCUGCUGUAUAUGUCUCCAAUUGCUAUUCUAGUGUUGUUGCCUGCUGCACUUAUAAUGGAGCCCAAUGUCGUAGAUGUCACUCUGUCACUUGGAAGAGAGCAUAAAUUCAUGUGGUUACUUCUUUUGGUUAAUUCAGUAAUGGCGUAUUCUGCUAAUUUGUCAAAUUUCUUGGUGACCAAACAUACAAGUGCAUUAACACUUCAGGUAUUAGGCAAUGCAAAAGGUGCUGUGGCUGUUGUUAUCUCAAUUCUUCUUUUCAAGAAUCCUGUCACUGUUAUCGGUAUUGGUGGUUACAUGAUAACUGUUGCGGGGGUUGUUGCUUACGGAGAAGCAAAACGGAGGUUUAGAUAA